GGUUGGUCUGACGGUGAGCCCAUGCACCCCACCGGCCACAUCCAACCACAACCAACUGCGCCACUCAACCAACUGUUUCGACCACGAGAUUCGCAAACAUCGACAGCCUCAUGGCAACCAUGAACGCCGAAUCCGAGCCACCACCGCAGGUAGUCUUCCGUUUAGGGAAGAAGAGGAAACCAUACCGUCAGCGGCCGGAAGGGCCAGAACAACCGAUUCUCAACAGCGAGAUCGCCACUAACAAUGCGCCUCCUGCCACGAACAGCGCACCUGUCACGCCUGCCCUACAAAAUGAGGACGAGGAAGGUCUCUCCGUCGCCGAGGUGAUAAGAUUACGAAAUGCCAGGAGACACAAGCAUGGUGGCGUCGGCUUUCGCCCCGAAGGAACGACCUCCGACGACAAGACGGCAGUAAACGACGAGAUCACGGAACGAAGCUUGGUUCUUCAUGAUGGCGCAGAAGCAGGAACCCAACCCGGGCCCGAGACAGCGGUUCUCGGCGGCAUCUCCAAGCGCUUCGCGCCACAGACCGGGUUGGUCGGCGAGCUAGUCAACAAGCAUAUGGAGGAAUACGUAGAAUCCGAGUUGGCUAGACGGAAGCGGCUCGCCGCGGGAUCUUCGGGAAAGGAGCAACGGACGGCCGAGAAUGCCUCUGCUUCCGCAGGCGAUGCUUGGCUAGGCUCGAGCUCAACAGUUGCCGGCGGGCAGGCCGACUCCCAGCGGGUCUUACAAGGCCGACUUCUAGAGAUUGAUCUCGGCGAUGAGGCCCGUGCGCGGAACAUUGAGAUGACCGAACGGGCGCGAAGGAGACUGCAAGGCCAGAUCGACGAAGAGGAGCUAGAGGAGAGCAAUUCACGGCCAAAGAAGGCUCGUCCCGCCCCAAGAUCAAGAAACCGCCGCGGAAGCGAUGAUAUUAAGCGUGACCAGCUGGUCGAAGAGUUUUUGAGCGAGAACAGACUCGAGGUCUACGACAUGCAGCCCGAGAAGCCCGCCAGUCUUGACGGUUUAGAUGGAGAGGACGUUGCCGCCGAUGACCGCAUCGCCGAAGAGUUUCGGCGGGAGUUCAUGGAAGCCAUGGCACAGAGGAACCGGAGGCGGAUCCGGCCGCAGAACGCCAAGCCCGCCGUCAAGAAGAAAGAAGAGAUUCUUCGGGGUCCGAAGCUGGGCGGCAGCCGCAAUGCAAGAGCAGCAAUGCGGGACCUUCUGCUCAAGGAGCAGACGAGCAAGCGAAAGUGAUGCGGUUUCGCAGCGACUCCGCCAAUCUGGAUGUCAUACUUUCGGGGGUUGUGCAGGGCUGCAUGCAAAUUUCAGGCUAGCUUACCGACAGGUUACGACUCAGCUACCUGGUGAUUCUUCUACUUGCUCAUCUCAUGGCAACGUCAAGCAUGAGCCGCAAUAGGCACAUGCUAUAGCACCGUCGGGUACAGCGCCGGCAUCGCUUGGGUAAAUCGAAGUCAUCGGGAGAAGGAUGGGAAUGGCCCCGGAGGUGCCAAGACAGUCAGCCCAGCACCGGUACUUCGUGCGGUCAGCCACUCUCAAACUAUUCGAUAAUUGACAGCCCAUCGGUGCCAAAAACAGCACAGCCUACCGGUGGUGCAGUCGGGUGACAGCCCAGCCCCGCUUCCCUU